UCAACUCUACAAUCAAUGACAAAUUGUUGUGUUGCUCACGGGUAAAAUGUUCUAGUACACAUUCAAGUGACAGAUGGGAAGAGAAAUGCCGUUCAUAAUUUGUGACGUGUGCAACGUUGUUUGACUGCAGUAGUAGCUACUGAAGCACGUACCGGCAGCAUUUGACAGGUACCUGCAUUUUACUGUCACUUCGAAAGGGGACGCAGCCUUUACAGUCAUUGGUGCUAAGAUCCUGUGGCGUAGAAGGAGACCACAUUAUUAGGCCUAGAAUGACAGUGAAGUGGUAACUCAAAUUAACAAUGCGCAAGUCCCAUGACAGUGAUAGUCAUUCAACAUGUUCCGUGGGUGGAGGUGGACAACGCAAGCGUGGCCUCUCACGUUUCUCACUGCGCCGUCUGCUUUACUCCAGUCCUCUAGUCACUCGCCGCAUCACCAGGGGUUCUGGAUCAACAAAGAGUUCUCGCAGUUCUGCUGCAAAUGGUGUAGGUCCAUCAAGAGAUGUAGAGCGUGGGGAUGGUCCCUCAUUACGAAUUCCACCCGGUAGUGGUAUUAUUCCUCAGGCUACCAGCAGAACAUCAGUUUCUGUUUCAGGAUCAACCACAAAGAUGGAUGUGGCUGAAUGUCCCCUCUGCUUGUCAGAAUACCCUCUUGUGAAUUUUCCUGAGCUGUCCACAUGUACACAUCGUUCCUGUUAUGACUGCUUUCAGCAGUAUCUCCGUAUAGAGAUCUCUGAAUCUCGGGUCAGCAUAGCGUGUCCGGAAUGUGCUGAACCCAUGCAUCCUGAUGACAUACGCAUGAUUCUCAAUGAUAAAGCACUGUAUGAGAAAUAUGAAGACUUCAUGGUACGGAGGGUUUUGGCUGUUGAUCCCGAUACCCGUUGGUGUCCAGCACCAGACUGCAGUUUUGCUGUGAUAGCAACUGGUUGUGCCAGUUGCCCAAAAAUAAAGUGUGAAAGACCUGGCUGUGAUGCGUAUUUCUGUUACCACUGUAAGGCUGAGUGGCAUCCUAAUCAGACUUGUGAUGCAGCAAGAGCACAACGGUCGCCUAACGUCCGCUCAUCUUCUAUUAGCUUCAGCCAGGAUUCACAACAUCGUGAUGACAUUAAGCCAUGUCCGCGUUGUCAAGUGUUAAUAGUGAAGAUGGACGAUGGCUCAUGCAAUCAUAUGACGUGUUCACUGUGUUGUGCUGAAUUCUGUUGGCUGUGCAUGAAAGAGAUUAGUGAUUUACAUUAUCUGAGUCCCUCUGGUUGUACAUUCUGGGGAAAGAAGCCAUGGUCCCGGAAAAAGAAGAUCUUGUGGCAGUUGGGGACUUUAGUGGGUGCACCUGUUGGUAUAGGUCUUGUUGCUGGCAUUGCCGUUCCAGCAAUGAUUAUAGGUAUACCCGUUUGGGUGGGACGCAAAUUAUAUGCCCGGUAUGAGCAAACAAACAAACAUAAACGCAACUUGGCCAUUGCAGGCGGGGUCACUGCAUCGGUGUUGGUCUCCCCUGUUUUGGCAGGAUUGGCAGUAGGAAUUGGUGUACCAAUACUGUUGUUCUAUGUAUAUGGUGUAGUCCCAGUAUCACUUUGUCGCUCUGGAGGCUGUGGUGUUUCUACAUCCGGAGCAGGAGUUCGUUUUGAAUUUGAUGAUGAGAAUGACAUCCUGAGUGGAUUGGGUGGCUUUGGACCAAGAGGCACAGAUGCCGUCUCUAUGGAUGCUGUGUCACAUCGAGGAGCCAAUCCUUCGAUUGGUGAAGCUUCUCUGUCACUUGGUAGCGGCAGUGGCAGCCAGUUGGAAAGAGUUGGUGGAGGUCUCAGUGGCGGAGAGUGUGGCAGCAAUGCUGCUCUUGCAGGUGCAUCCAUUGCUGGGAGUAUAGCAUCAGGGCCUGUGCAGAGGCUAGAGAUACAGGCAGAUGUAGCAUCUACACAGCGCCUGAGCACAAGUAGUGAGACUGCGAGCUUAUCUGAGCAGUCUCAGUCCCUGGCAUUAUCUGAUGGUACAGUUCCACGUUCAGAAGUCACAGCACCAGUACCUGUCGAAGUACAUGCAGGAGCUGAGUCAACUUCACUGCAAGGAGCCGUUCUGCCACCUCCUUCUCCAGAGGAAAGUAUGAGUCGACGUCACACGUACAGACGGUCACGUCCACCACUUGACAGACAGGCAAGUGACAGCAGUGGACGAAUGACUGGUGGCGAUGACUGCAGCUCGGAGCGUGUACGUUUUGAUGACCAUGUGAGUUUCAUCACACCGCCAUUGACAGCCUACUGCGAAACAUCUGAGGAUGAUGAGAGUGAUAUCGUAGGCAGAAGGCCUACUCGACACCGGACAACUACUACAGCAGUGGCAGAGGUACAAGAGCUUGGCAAGUGGCAGGCAGUACCCAUGAUUUCACUACCAGAUGUGCCACCGUCCCUGACUCUUCCUGGCCGGCCUGUUCGAGUUAGUGUACCUGUCACAUCAUCCUGAAUAACGCUUCUGUUGUAGAAGGCACCUCUUGAUAAUUUCUUGUUUUUCUGUACCUGGAAAUGAGAAUUGUUGCUCGCAAUUUUGGAGCUAUUUACAGAAAGUGUGAAGAUUGUACAAGUGUAGCAGUUAUGUUAUCUGCACAAUGUGUGUGCAGGCUGGCGGAAAUAGACAUGCAAUUAGCAACUUGUUGAGUUCCAAAUGAUUUUUUAUUUUUUGUUGGACAGUGUAAAUUUUGCUUAUGCUGCUGUUAGUUGACAGUUCCUUAUUGUACUGUGCAACUGUGUCUUUAUUUAACUGUACUUUAUAACCGUCCUUUCAUAUCCUAUUGGAAAAUAUUAUAAUAAGUGUUCAGUAUCAUGCAGAAUUCUCCUUGCACUUCUGUGCAGUAGGAUGCAGUAUUAUGUGCUUGUAGCAUUAGAUGUUUCAUAGAUGCUCAAGAUGAAGCUUAUGCCUGUGUGUAGGAAUAUUACUUUCUCUUGUAUAAAUCUAUCUGCAAGUCAUAAUCACUGUUUUUCCAAUGAUGUUAUUUUCAUGUUCCCAAUUUAAUUUUUUGAUACUGCAAUUUUAAAGAGUGAUACAAUUUUGAAUAUUCUAAUUUUUAUUGCCAUCUCUUUGUCUGUUCUGUAAAUUGUUAUAUAUUUUUAUUUUGACAGUGUAUGUGCCUGUAUAACGUUUGUGUUAUGAUGAUUUACAUUUAAUUUUAUUUAUAUUGUAGAGUUAUCUUAGUAAAAUUAGUGUAGAUGUACUUGUAUGAGGGAUGCAUAAAGAAAUAAAUUGUGGAAGCUGCAGCAACAGACAGAAACAUACGUACUACGCAGACUCUGUAGAAAUAAUGUACAAACUACCCUCUUUCAGAAUGCUGUUGUAAUCAUCUCUUGGUAAGUCUACCCAUGUUAACUUGCAUUAUGGAGGAGGGUUAGUUCAUAUGUUAAUUCUACAUAUACAUUUUUUUGUUCUUAAAAAAAUUUAAAUUCUUAGCAAUCAUUUAGCAUGCUCUGCACUGUGUACACUGAAGUACAAAGUUUUGGAUAAGACUGCCAAGAAUUAGGCUUGUGCUAAUACCUCUGACAACAUUCUAACAUCAAAUUACCUGUCAUUCUCCACAAGAUAAGAUAAUACACCUUUUUAUGUGUAAAACCCAUUUUUAGUUGCAGAUGCUCAGAAUGCAUUUACACCUUUUGUUAAUGACAGAUUGCAAUGCUGUAAGAUAAAAUCUUUAGCAUUCUUGGUUACAAAAUUUGUAUGCUAUUUUUAAGAUUGUACCAAUAAUCAUGUAUUGAUUGUAUGUGUACAAGUUGCUGAAGUGAAUACACAAAUAGUAACACAUUAUUAUUGUGGAUAUACUGUUCUGCAUUUAUUGUAAUUUGUAUAUGUAAUUAGAUCAUCUUCUAUUCAUUUGAUAAACUGUGUAAAGCCAUAUAGAGGAGUUGUCACAGAUUUUUAUUGUUUUAAAGAAUGCAGAGAAAAGAAACUAAGCAUAGAGCUAUAAGAGUUGCAGUCCAUUCAUUUGAGUAAGUGUAACUGAUUUUAAUUUAAGAACAGUAAUGGGUUUCAUCCUGUAUAGAUGGCACAGGCAUCAUUGUGUUUCCUGUUAAAUGGUACUAAGAUGUCCACAAUUGUUUUAUAUUGGGGUACAGAUAUAAUGGUUGACAAUAAUGGAUUUUUGUCUGUGGUAAAUGUGUUGCUUACAGUGAAAGAUCUUAGAAACUAUAAAAUUCAUGAAAGCCAUACUAUCUGUGAUUAAGAACAUAUUGUAUAUGCUUUGUGGUGUAUUAGAACAGCAUGCAGUAUUUAUGUAGCCAACUCAUUAUGUGUUGUGAAAGGAGUCUGAAUUGUGCCUAUGUCAAAUCUUGCAACACACAGAAUAUCAGUUUGUUAAUUUGACUAAAGACAACAAUGCAUUUGGCAUCAAUUUAAUACCACACAACCAUUAAUCUCCUCUUUCAUGAGUCAUUGGUCUAUUUGCUCUAUUGAAUUUAUAUUGUUAAUCAUCUUGUAGCUUAUCAUGAAUGAAAUAAUCGUGCACGAAUAAAUAGAAGCGCCAUAAAAUAACACAUUUUGUGGAUUGUAUUUCAAUGAAAAGUUCGUAGUAUUCAUACUGUUAUCAACAAAAUGUUAUAGAUAUGCAGAAGAUCAUUACUGUUAAUGAUCAGUGUGCCUUGGCAUAGCUGUCAGCAACUGCUGUAAGAACGUCUGUCCCGAUAGCUGAAUGGUCAUCAUGACGGUCUGCCAUCCUAAGGGGCCCGGGUUCAAUUCCCGGCUGGGUCGGGGAUUUUCUCCUCUCAGGGACUGGGUGUUACGUUGUCUUCAUCAUUUCAUCCCCAUCCGGUGUGCAGGUCGCCCAAUGUGGCAUGAAAUGUAAUAGGACCUGCACCAACGUGGCUGGACCUUCUCUGUAACCUCCCGGCCAAUGACUCCAAACGCUCUUUUCAUUUUUGCUGUAACGACAAGCUACUUGAGUUGGUUAUCAAAUGAUAGGAGCUGGAACACACACAGCCACAUAUAAGUGUGUCAGCAUAAUGCACACUAGAAUGCCAGAAAACAAGGAAGAAAUGACGGAGUGGAGUGAACAGGGAGAGGGUUGAAAAUAAGAAAUGAAGGAUUUAAGACUGCCUGACAUGAUUUACUGAAAGCAAAUAAGAAAUUUUAACCCACUAAGUUUUGACUAUGGGAGAUGGAAAGAAAACAGAGGUAGAGUCCUUUUACCAAGACAUAGGGGUUGUUAGUGAUAAAAGAUUCUGCUAAACUGGUGGUUGUAUUGCAGAUCAACUCUUUGCCUCUUAUAUAAACACAUGUCAAAGUAUAAGUAUGUUACAGACACACAAACAUUACAAUUUUACAUCAAAGAAAGACAUGGUUGACUUGUUGUUGUAGUGAUAAUAUGACUGAUGUCAACUCAAAGCAUAAUUAUCAUGCUUUCAAUGGCCACAUCGUUGGUAGAUUGAGUGACCACGUCAUUAUUGGAAGUUAGUAGGCCUACUGUUCUUGCAUGAAUUACUUUUUAUAAAUUGGAAGAAAAGGUGGGGUAUGGUAGAAAAGAUAAUCAGCAUUUUUGUUGAUGUAUGUUUUGUGGCCAUUAGUCCAUGUUCCAAUGCACAUUUCUCUGCCUAAAGUUUUAUCUUGGAGUGCUGGAGACAUUAUUGGGAGCUGUAAGAACUCGGAACAAACAAGAUUGUAACUGCUUUCUGAAUUGUUAUGGUCUCUGAUGAUGCCAAUAGCAUUGGUAAAUGAACCUUUCGACAGAGAAACUUGCUUUUGAACACGGCUUAAUGCCAAUAAAACAAACGCAACUGGCCAUGAAAGCCUACAUUGGAGAAUAGUCAGAGUAUUAUUUGUUAUGGUUUCUGCACUGUCAUAAUUUAAUUUCAUAUCUGGUGAUUAAUAAUAUUUUGUUUAUGUUUAAUAUCCAGCACCCUUUCAUAAAAAGGCUGGACUGUGAAAAAUAUUGUGCAACUCUUUAUUAACAAUGUGGCCAUUGUGGGGCACUAAUUGAGGAUUUGAAGUGUAUGUUUUGUUCGCUUUUUAAAACAGUUGAGUCUUGGCAGUAGCUUCAGAUCUGCAACAGAGCCUACAAAUUGAAAAAGGUUGUGCCAUACUGCCAUAAGAGACUGAAAAAAUGUAAUGGAAGAAAAUCGUAUUUUCUUGCCUUUUUGUGCAGACAACUAAUGUAAUUAUUCACAGCUUUUUUGCACCUGAACAUUUUUGCAUUUAUUUUGGUGCAGUUUUCCUAAAAAUAAUUUGUAUUUUUUCUUUGUAUAUUAUUCCUAUAGUUUGCAUUGAUACUUUGAAAACAUCAGUUUUUUUUAUGUUGUACUGCAGGAACAGCGAGAUGUGUUUUAUAAUGAUACAGUUGGGUCACCAUUACAUUUUAAGUCUACCCUUUUUAAGCUGUGUAUCUGAACAACAUGAUUGAAAUAAACUGAAUUUUGUAAAACUGA